AUGGAUGAUGUCUUGUAUGGACAUUAUAGAGCGAACCCCACAGAGAAGUAUCUGACCUCCUCCUCAGAUGUUAAACUUGACAAGAAUGAAGUCACAUAUGAGUCUUCCGAAAAUAACCCCAUUGCUGCAAAUCUCAAUGCAUUCCUUCACAUUGCAGAUCCUUCCUCUGACCCCUCCUUACACGAGGAACGUUACCCCGGCAGCUUACACCCCACACGCCACACAGCAGCCAGUAGAGUGGCUGAGCCGGCCCUGUGCUCUGAGGAUGCUGAACAUUUUAUCGAAAGAGCACAGUCCAUGUCGAACCAGAACUCUCACCCAAGCAGGAAGCUGUUUUCUCAUUUGCCGUGUGGGAAAGGUUUCCCCCAGAAAUCAGAACUUAAACACGAAUUUGAUCCUGCGGCGGAGAAGCUGUUUUCAUGCUCCGAAUGCGGGAAAGUUUUUCCUCGGAAGUCAUAUCUCAGCACACACCAGAAGCUUCACAACAGGGUGAAGCCAUAUUCAUGUUCACAGUGCGGAAAGAGCUUUACCGACAAAUCCAUCCUGGUCAUCCACCAGAGGAUCCAUACCUCGGAGAAGCCCUUUUCCUGUUCCGAUUGUGGGAAGUGCUUCGCCCAGUCGGGGAAUCUCUUUGCGCAUCAGAGGAUUCACACGGGAGAAAAGCCGUUUUCCUGUUCCGAAUGCGGCGAGCUCUUCUCCCGGAAGUCGUCUCUGGUCAGGCAUAAAAAACUCCACACCGGAGAGAAGCCGUUCUCGUGCUCCGAAUGCGGGAAGUGUUUUAUCCAAAGGGGGACCCUUCUGUUACAUCAGAGGACUCACACGGGGGAUCGUCCAUAUGUGUGUCCUGAGUGCGGAAAACGUUUUGCAAAGAAAACAUCUAUGGUGGCACACUUCAGUUCCCACAGGGGGGAAGAGCUUCUCACAGGAUGA